AUGGCUGCUCCUUCUGAGAUCCAGCAAGUCUACAUUGCUCAGGACUACAACGAGCCUAUUGCUCCUCAAUAUGAGUUCCCUCAGCACUACGACCUCAACGACCCCGACUCUGCUCGUCUCUCAUACCAGAGACUGAUGCACGAGCACACCAAGCAGCAGUUUGAGCUUGCCACAUCAUCAGCUCGCCGUCGCGGUUCUCCUCCCGACCAUGACAUGACCGGUCUUCGUAAGGAGACUUCUGGCAUGAGCAUCGACUCUACUUCUUCCUAG